AUGCACACGGAUGUGGUGCUGAUCAACCUACUGGUUUGGAUGGUCGGAGUGUCCGGACAGCAUUACUUAGGAGGUCAAAUGCUGCAGCCCUUCAGACUCGUCAGGUCAGUUUCACGGAAUAAGAAAAAGUGCCGUGCGUAAAUACGCGCGAAACUGUACAAUAUUAGUCAUUCAACGUUAACUAAAUCAAAUGUCUUUCAAAGUCUAUCAAAGUUUAUCAGUAAAGUAAUUUGUCCCUGAAUUAAACAGGAGUGCAGCAUCUCCAAAAGAAGAAAUACAGAGUCAGAUUGACUUUAUAAAAAGGGUUUAUUAACUUGUGUUUGGAAAAAUCAUAAUGGAUCAUAAUGGAAAUAAUAAUUUCAGAGAUCUUCACAGGCUAUUCUUAACAUUAAACCAGUAAAGUCGAGAAAUUAGUUUCCAGGCUUAUAAAAAAGAUCCUUCCAGAGCUUUACAUGAUGAGAGUUUGCUCUGUUUCUGUCUUACAACUAUAUUUAAAGUUUUUACUCCAAAACAACAACAAAAACUUGUGUUGAAUAAAUUUAAUCAUUAACUUUCAAAAUGUAACUUUUUCUAUAACACUUGGCAGGAAUUUAGACUUACUUUUGUCUUAUUGAGGAGCCCAGUGGUAAUUUAGCAAAGGGCUUCACAAUUAACUGCAUAAUAACCACAAACCAUGGCCAGUUGUAAAAUCCAAAUUGCUAGACUGCAAUUAGUUGAUAAAAGGUAAAAUGUGUCAGGAAUAGUUUUAACCAAGAAGUCCUAUAUAAAUGCAGAAAUAUUCUGCAUUUUUUAAAAUUUUGAUCUACAUGUUUAAUAAAACAUGUUUUCUUGGUACAAACUCCGAAGUGCCACAACAGCUUGUUUAACUGUAUUUUAUUUUAUUGCAAAUUAAAAUUACGAUGCAAAUUUAUCUGCACUUACUAUGAAGCAUGUUACAAUAACAGCACCUGCAAAAUAAUUACGUGUUUUCACCACAUUUUGCAGCCCUAAUUUAUCACAUAAGAAACUCUGGUGCAUUUGGUGAGAAAAACAAAUAGAUUUACUUUCAGCUGCUGGGCCUCUGCUCUGUCGUAUGAUAAUGCAAUAUUUGCAUUAAUAUUAUUAGUGUUCUUGUAUCUCUUUGCUGCCAAAAAUGUACAAAUAAAUGUGUUCGAAAACAGUCAUUAAAACAGAUUUUUGUCAUUUGCUCAUCUUAAAUGCAUAAAGAAAAAACUGUUAACUGUCUCCCUCUCUUGAAUCCAGUUUUCCUCAUUUAUCUAACACCAUGGAGACUCAAAAUGUUGUUAAUUUGUUGUUACUUGGUUGAAAACAGACAAGUAAAUAUCAUGUCAUGCCUGCAAAAGAACCAAAGCAUCACAACAUGACCCUGUGUGAUAAAUCAAGAAGAGGAACUAAAACAGAGGACAGGGGGGCAGCUAGUAUGAAGUGCUCAUAAGACAAGGAGUUAAAUUGCAAACAAUUACAUCUCAGCCUCGAAAGGCAGUUAAAGAGUUAUUAUCACAGAGGUAUGCAGAGGUAAGAUCAUUGAUCUCUUAUCAAGAGGCAGAGCUAGAAAGACUACAGUGUCCAUACACAUGACGCCUGCUCCACCAAAUAAAAGUUAGGAAACAAAACAGUUCAUAUUCUGGACCAUUAAACAAAUUCAAAAUUUCAAAGGAACUAUGAACACCAAUUAAUUCUAGGUUCCAGCAGCUCUUCUACUCAGACAAGCUCAGCAGAGACUGUACUUUCUCUGACAGCUGAUAUUUAUCCAUCCAGGUUGGCAAAAGUGGCCUCAAAAAAUCUAAAAACAUCCUUUUGCAUCCUAAGAGUCAUCUGUCUGAAUCUCCGCCCGGAAUAGAAUGUUCAAAGACAAUGUUAUGUCUGGACUAAUGUAAUGUUGGACUGUUUUAUUUUAUUAUGAUCUAUUGUCUGCUGUUAAGGAAGAGAGGGAGGAUGCGCCUCAUUUAACAUAUAGGAUGUAAAGAGGUCAACAGGUGGCAGAAUAAUCGUUCAGUAUCGAUGAUCAUAUUUUUAUUAUUGUUAGGAGCAAUAAUCGUAAUCAAAAUUGAAAUGUGAUUUAUCACCCAGCUCUAAUAUGUAUGUUGAUGUAUUUGUAUGUUGUAUUUAUGAUGAGCACACUUAGAUAAUUUCCGAUCAGCUGUUGAGUUGCCAUGGCAAAAAACCUGUGAGUUUAAUUAAACCAAACUCAGUUAGCAGAUAAUUUCCUGUCCAAAAGCACUGAAACCGCCACAUUCAUCCAGGACCUGUUUUUUUUUUUGGACUCUACUUUAUUGACCUGACCUGCUAACUGCAGGAUGUGUAAUCAAAGCUGUGAUUUUAGCUGACAGCAGCAAAAGGGGACACAUGUGCUCAGAAAAACCACUUACCGUGAUUAUAUAACCCCUAAUCUAACUGUGUUAAUGUGCUCUCUGAAUUAUUGCUAUUGUUGUGGCUUUAGGAGAGCUCAGCCGUCCGGAAAGAGGAGCACAAAUUGAAUGUUGUUUCAGUGAAACACAAAUGUUGCACAUGUUGUAUUGUCCUUCUGCUCCAAAAGGCCCAAAAGCUCCAGUUUCUGAGUGGUUUUUACUGCAAAUUUUACUAAUUUCUCUAAAAUAAAAGACACAGCCUGUUUGGCUUUGUAACCACAGCAGACAUGUGCUGUUUAGCAUGGUGACAUAUAGCCCAAAUCUCCUUAUGCACAGAAACUGACAUUUUUUUUUGUAGUAUAAGAGCAGCAGAGGCCGUUCAAGCCAAAUAAUCCUCUGGAUCGACUCAUUUAGAUGAGGUUAAAUGAGGACCAGGAGGAUCCAAACAGAGCUGUGGGUCAGAUCAUUCAGGGAAACCAGCCAGCCGCUAUAAUUUAUCAAACCAAUAAAUCCAUGCAAAGCACAACAUGGCCCCCAUGAUUAUCGGCAUGCUGUCAUUAGCCUGAUUAUUUUAGGCCCUGAGACACUGAUGUCUCAUGUUGGAAAAGCUAAUGCUAUAAACACUGUGAACAACAUAGUGUCCUCUUAAUAAAAAACAACAACAACAAAAAACCUUUGGUGCUUUAGUACCCUAGAUAACAACCUCAGCACUCAUCCAUCCACCAGAACAUCCUCAUCACCAUGGAAACGCGAUACACUACAGCUUCACAUGCUUUCAUUGUGAAGGUAUAAAUUCCAAACUAUUAAAAGUAAUUACUUUUAAUAACAAACAUAGUACUUUUAAUUGAUGACUCAUUUUCAAUUACUAAUAAAGUACUUAUAUAUCUAUCUUACUUUUGAAAAUGGCAGGGAUUCAUGUGCACAAUGCUGAUUUCUCUUUACCUUGAAAAAGAUAACAAGGAACUACUCAUAAGUUUUGUAACCAACGUACUGAUUUGUGGGACUUUUUAAAACACUUGAGCCCUUAUUUUGUAUUUUAUCACGAUUAAUUCCAUUGUAUUAAAAUGGGAUUACAGAGUAAUGUUUAUAAUGAUCUUUUUUUUUUACUGUAUCAUUCCAUUUACAGUUUCAGCCCUUUCAGUUUCAAGAUAUAGGCUGUUUUUUCAAAUCCCCUUAUCUUGUUCCUCCCUGUCUUAUCAUACUCGGUGUAAUGGUGUUGAUUAAUGUUUGCUGUAGUUUUCUCGUGUAGCUCUAGUUUAGACACAUUUCCUCCACAUGCCUCUAUUUCAGGGGUUUUCCUGGUAUUUUUUUGUUCCAUGUCACUACGACAACUUGGUUCCACCCUCCACCAGUAUAUGAAUUUGAAGCCAAAAAGCUCUUGCAUUUUUCCUAAAACCAGCGUUACGCAGUAGCAUUGUACGCACUCCACCACUUGCGGAGUAGCAUUGUGCGCAUUCGAGAGAGUCGCUGUGAUGAUACGCCCAUAGGCUGUCUCAAGUGUCAAACAUAGAAAACAUGAACCCCCUAAUAACUUUUAAAAACUGAACUGAACAGAAAAAAGAGGACUUGAGCACAAAUGUAAUUCUUUGAAUUUCCCUCUCUGAUUAAUAAAAUAUCUAUCUAUCUAUCUAUCUAUCUAUCUAUCUAUCCAUCCAUCCAUCCAUCUAAUCUCUAUAGUUUGUCUAAAGUCUGCCAUCAUACAGUCUAUGAUUAGCCACAAUAGACGCCAGUUGGUUCUGCCCCGUUAAUGAGAAACUUUACAGAGAACAUCAAGAAUUUAACUUCAAUCAUCCUUUGUCAUAAAGUCAAAUGAACAUCUAUCACUUGGCCUUAGAUUUUUUAUUUGAACAAGCUGAAGCUCGGCUGUAAACAGUCAAACUAAAGUCACAUCCAUCAUGAAUUAAAUUCACCAUAAACAGAUGAGACAUGUCCCCACUUGAUCCAGAUUAUCAUCCACAGGUGGAGAGAGAUGACCUCUGUCAAGCUGAGCAGGUUCAACCAGUGAGACAUGCUGACAGCUUAUCUCCACAGUCCAACUCAAAAUAAGAGCACACAGCAAAAAUUUAUGAGUGUGUCCCACUGAGCAUUUUUUGGUCUAAAAGAACUCCAUAGACGUCUAAAUGUGGUCGAGACAACCGGUCUAAAAUCAGGCUACCACAGGUCUAAAAAUCAAAGUUUUUUAGACGUCUAAAUUUAGACUCAAACCUGGGUUAUAUCUAAACUACACUGUAUAUUGCUCAAUGGCUAUCAUAAUUAUUUUGGUUAAGUACUUGGAGAUCAGUUAUGUAACUUACAGUGGCUUUUUUUAAAUAAAUGGGUUAAAUUGCAACGUCUAAAUUCCGUCUAGAUCUAAAAAACUAGAUGUCAAAUAGCCAUCUAUUGCUCAGUGUGGUGUUUGCCUGGGUAUUAUUAGCGCAGUAUUUUUUUCAAGAUAGAUAGAGCGGACAACUCUGCCUCUGUCUGUGUAGUGAUUAGCCCCAUGGUGUCCUUGACUCAACUUACUUUGAGAGUCAGAGGCCACAAGGAAAACCAGACGGUGCUCUCCGCACUCAUUAGCUCUUUGACCUCUUUGUAAUGCCAGUUUUAAUCAUUCCUCCGUUUUAAUGCCUCCAAGCUGUUAGCGAAGGUAAAAGCACAAUCACUGCGGCCAAGAACACAGUAAUCCAAACAGUUCACAUGAGACUAACAUCCCACCAGCAUCUGCCUGUUAAACACUCGCUGCUGGGUGUAAAAAUGAUGAGUGUGUUGGAUAGAAAUAACACUAGAACUGCAGGCCAGUGCUGGGUAUGUAACUGGGCCAAAAGUCUGCUCUGGGUGGAAGUCAAGGCAGAUUGUUGGGUCACACACACACAACUAAAACCGUAAUCUUUGCCCUCAAUGAGUUAUUUUGGUCUCUACACAACUGUUUAACAAAACUAAUCUUGCCUUACAGAGGCUGUAGAAAUGAUUUGCUUCCUCCUUCAUUUUUCAACGGCAUUGUUUUUGAAGGAUUAGAAAGUAAUUUGCCACCAGUGCCAAAAAAUUAACAUUAUUUUGACUAUUUUCCUCAAGAAAAGAGUAGAGUACUUUGAAAUUUUCCAUUUUUUCCUGGAUUAAGCUGAUUUUUUUAGCUUAUAUUUGCAGCAUAUUAUAUUAUAAAGACAUUGUCGUAACAGUUAAUCAGAUUCUUGAUAUUUCAUCUUAAGGAAACCUCGUACGUGAUUUCUCUCUUAGUCCCUUGUCAUGCAAAGCUUUGAUGGAUCAGUGGAGGCAUGACAGUCCAGUCAUUAUUCAUAGAUUCUCUCAGUGCAUGCUCAUUAUUAUGCAAUAAUACAAUACAAUUUUAUUAUAUGUUCUCUAAUCUCCCAUAGGCAUCUGGAGAGAGAUUAACGUCUCUCCUGAGGUUUAUUUAGAGUGCACACUCCUGUCCUCUGUUCAGCACUCGUCCUGCAUGAGGUGUUCAGCACAGACUCCUACCUGAGCUUUGCUUCAGUUUUGCAUCAAUACCGAGGCUGCAGGUUUUUUUAAGCCUGUUACAUAAUAACUAAUAUUCACAAUAUUAUUUCAUAGGAAUCCAAAAAUCUGAUUCUUUAUUUUCUUUUUUUUAUUUACUAGUAACAUGCCCAAUCUGACCUGCAGGAUAAUACCAGAUAAGACCUCACCACACCGCCCCAACUAUUUUGUCGUUGCUCAGUGUUGUUAAGUUGAAUCUCUUUUUCUUUGCUCUUCAUGUUUACUUAUCUAAGAGAAGAAGAACUAUAUUUAUCCCAGAGGGGAAAUUCAACAUAUUUAAAUGUAAAGGUCCUUACAUACUGGGAACCACGCAAAUAUACGACACGAAAUUACAAAAUAUUCAGAGGCGAAUUUUGACGCACCUGACUAUACACAUCAAUCCCGAUGCGAUUUUGCAACUUUCCGGAGGGAAAAAAAGACGCGUCCUAGGUGGAAGCGAGAAGACUGACAUAACAGCAGACUGAGUGUUUUUCAGUUCUGAAUAGACACUAGUGUUGAGAUGUCUGUCUGUCAUGAUAGCAUGUACUGAGUCGGGGCCAGUACCAGAUAAGCACAUUAAACUAUAAUCCAUAAACGUAAGACAACAAAUGAGACCUAAUGGUGCUGUGACAGCAACACGAUUGAGUUUGAGACAGUGAAAAUACAUAUGGUAUGUUGUAUCUGAAAAGGUUAGCUUACGAGCUAAAGUUACUUAGCACAGAUGAAAGUUAAAACAAAGACGUAUAGCAAACUGUUAAAGCACACAAACCAUCGUGUGAAAAAUCCGACGCUAUGACUCUCCACAAGUUGUCCUUCAGGUCAUUAUCUUUGUAAUGUUUGUGUCUUUUAUCAAAAAGCACUCUGUUCUCCAACACGCAAACAAUUAGCCAGUUGGCCAUGUUGGAUAUACCAGUGAAUCUGACGUCGCAACAACAUGAAAUCUGGUGUGAAAGGACCUCACGAGACAACUCUGCCAUGAACUGUUAAAAUCCACAGCGUGUCUUGUCAUGCUUUACCCUGUCCUUUAGCUUUUCAGGCAGACCCACACCCCUGCAAUUCCAGUUUGUUUUGCACUCAGCCGCAGCCACUAAUAAAGUUCGAAUGAGAGUUUAAGGGGAAGGUUAGAGCACACACUCCGCUGUGAAAGAGGAGAGGGAGGUUGCACUCCAUUCAUCCUCUUGGACAAAAUGAGCGUAAACACACAGUUUCACCAUAAUCAUAAAGGAAAUUUGGAUAAUCGCUAAGUCCUAUUUCCUAUUCACCUAGUCCUAUUUUAACUCAUGAUUUGUCUUUCCAGGUCAAAAAGAGAGAUGGCUCUAACAGAGGGAUCCACUCACAGGAUUGGCAGGUAUGAUGUUUUUGUUUUUGAUAUAAUUAGAUAGAUAACAGCGGUUAGACAGGAGAGUCUUCUAGAGGAGAUCAAUGCAGCAUGAAUGGAUUUAGAGACACACGGUCAACAAUUUAAUCACACUUCCGUUUGCAGCUGCACUUGAAGCGUAUUUUACUAAGCUGGGUAUUAUCUAGUCUUCGCCUUCAGAGUUAGGAUGUUUUUAAGAGUACUCCCUGAGCUGUUUAAAGCGAAUAAGAUAAUAGUAAAUAAAUAUCAUGACAUUAUCCAUCUAUAUCUUUCUGAAGCUGUAUGCACGGGUAUCUUGAAAAUAUACAGAUGAGCUGCAUGUGUGAACGCAAAGGCAGAAACUUUUACUCCAACUCUACUGUGAAUAUUUCCUCUCAAUCCCUGCGAUACUGAAAACAUUUCUGCAGGGAGUGACAGAGUGCAAUUGUUUUAUCUAUUGCUUCUCUUCAGUGUUUUCUUCCACUCAUCUGUUGAUACUCUGAUCAUGGAUUCUUACAUGUAGAAUUGAUAAACAUGUAUAAGUGGCUGCGUCUCACUUCCCUAAAGAUGCAUCCCUCACAGUAGAGAAAAAUCUUUUUCUCCAUGCAUCACAUGAAGCGGUGUCCAUGAGGACAUCAGCUGGUUGCUGCUGGACCAACAGUCAGCUGACUUCAAUGGCUGUCAUCAUAAUUCAUCUUCAUAAAACACAAUAUAAUCGUAACAAAAAUAAGAGUUGUCGCACAAAAAGCCACAUGCCAGUUGUGAGUAUUUUAGCUGUGGAGGAAGUCGGUCAGCUCGAUCCCUUUUCUGAGAAAUCGCCAUUAGAAACAGGAUGUAGAUUUGUCAGAUGGGGCCAACUCAAUCAUGUGAUUAAGCUAAUUUUGAGAAACCUUUACCAAGCACGCAUUUUUAGGUGAAUGCUCCUCUGAGAAAAAUUUCAGCUCUUUAAAUGUCCUUUUUUCCUUCACCUUCAUGGAAAUACUUUCAGGAAGCGGCUGAUAUCCGAUGCGCCCGCUUCCUAACCGGCAUUGUUGUUCAACAGAGCGAAGCGAUCAAUAGGAAAGUGGAUUUUGGGAAAGUUCAGUGCGUCAUUCGGAUAGUUUAAAACCAUUAAAUGAUUUUUGUUGGCCGACUGGAGGCUUUUAGCACAGGACAUCACAUAACGUUUACCUCUGCUGAGGUUAUAACACGGCUGCCUCUGAAGUUUACAGAGGAUGGAGUGGUAAAAAGAGAAAACACCUAAGCAGAGGUCUCCGGUUAUUAUUAGAAACAAAAGCCAAAUGACUACAGGGUUAAGCUGACAAAACGUAAUCAUGUUGCUAAUUUAAAUUAGUGCUGAUACCAUGUAGGAGAGACGCUCUAUUUUCUCACAUCUGUUCUCUGCAUUCAAGUGCAGGUAUUGACCAGUCAUGUUUUAGCAAACUGUUUAGAGAGACUCAAAGAGACAGAACACGUCAGACAAAAUGCUGCGACCUGAUUUCUAACUUCCUGUAAAAUGAUCUCUGCAGAUAACAACAAACAAGAGACAACUUUUUAAUGUUAAAUCUAACAGGCACAAGCUCUAAUAUCAUUUUUAGAUGAACUAAAUAGAUCUUAAACCUCACUUUUCAAAGUGUCCAGUCAAAUCUCAGAGGGAUGCUACAGCUAGCUUAUCAGCAGUCUGCUAUGUCUUCUUCAUGUGACAUGGUUAUUGUCAAUACCCAUAUACCGUGACAUCCCUACACUGACUAUGAACUGACUCCUGGUCCAGUGCCCUUGAAUAUUAAACAUAAAGUACAUCUACCAAAAAAUAAAAAAUAUACAGAAAUUGAAAGUUAAUUGUAAUUUAUGUAAGAAAGCUUGACAUUUUGGUUUAAAGAUGGACUUUCCAAUGAUCUCUCUUCCUUGUCCGUCCUUCAGCCCCAUGUUAAAGAGGAGUCCAGACAUCACCAAAGCCUGGGGGACAAAAUCUGAGCAGCUGCUGAGGAUCGAUGACCACGACUUCACCAUGAGACCCGGCUUUGGAGGUGAAGAGCUUCUUCUUACUGCAGACUGCUGCAGGCCUAUCACUCCUCAAAGAUACUUGUGUUUUAAUUCAGCAUCCAGACGAGCCAUUAGCCACAUCUGUUAGUUUAGACUUCACCUCAUCUACCCUCUCCAUCCGAUGUAUACACUUCCCAGAAUGUGGGCGGUGGGAGAGUCCAGCACAGAUGACAUAACAGCCCGGGAUUAAGUCUGAUCCACGCUGCUGUGAUUAAUUAUGACCCAGCAGCCUGUCGCUUUAGGUUUCAAUAACUUACAUCCAAAUCUGCCACAUUAGCAGCGCUCGCAGUCUGAAUCUGUGCACUUUUUAAACUCUCACACUUUGGUGCAAACUAACUCAGUCUGGUUCACAGCUUGUAAUCUGAGUGAUGGAUCAGAGGUGCAGUGGGAAGGGAUCAGGUAUCUUUAACAGUCGGUCUGAAAUUUUUUUGUCUCAUCAUUGUCUAGUUAAUGAAGUCAAAGCAUGGGCCAAUAGCCAAAUCAUAGGUGUCUUUGUGAUGUAGGCUGUUCUUAGCUUGUCAUCUUCUCGUCUUUGUCGUGGAAUAAAUGUAAUUUCUAAUCAUUUAUCGUCAUAAUUUCUGAUAAGAAAAUUAAAGGUGGGGUAGGCAGGAUCUGAGGAAGUGUCAGUUUUGGGGAGAAAUCUUAAAUGUAAACUCUACCCCUCACAACCAGUUUUCCUUUCAGCUCCUCCUCUCCCUUCCAUCUCUGCUCCAGCAAGCCCCGCCCACAAACAGACACUCCUGCUCGCUUGUAUCUUUCCAGUUAAAUUCAAAUAUAAUGCAGAUAAAUACUUCAGAUGAUUACAAAUGGGGCCCAGUCAACGUGAAAGUAAACAGCAUUGGUGCUACUGUAGAUGCCAACAGACCACCAGCAAACACAAUGUUUGCAGGACUUCUACAACUAGCAUAAAGUAACAUACUCCAGGACCCGGGGUAAACAGUUUAGUGGCGCUACAACACGCAGCAGAUCCCGUUUGACAGAAAGACUUCUGUUACAGACACUUGGCUUAAAGCGGUUUACCUGUCCAGCAGAAAGGUUACAGGGUCCGUAAGAUCCCAAAGCGUCCCCCAUCAUUGUUGAUCCUGCUUUUUUAGCUUGUCUGGGUGGUCGACCUCCUUUUUAAGCGCCCAUUAUUCCGCCAAUAAUUAGUUCAUUUUCUUGCUUGUGUUGGCAGUCGUGGCUAAAGGAGGAUUUGUUAAUUUUCUGUACUUUCUGGUUGGUUGAACUACUGUCCAAUAUUGUAGCACACUAACUUUGUUUGGGCUCCUGAACAACAUGGGGGAGCAGCAUCUGCCUCACAAUCAAUCAGGAUGGGGGAGGCGGGGAAUGGCUUUGUUUACAGUCAAAAAGAGCAGAGCGCUCUGAAAUUUUAAAAUGUUGACUACACAGACAUAACAAAACACAGCGAUAUCGUUAUAUUACCAAAUGUCAUCAAUGACUAAUAGCUAUUGACUGAUAUUAAAAGCUUUUUUGUAUGUACACCACAAAAAAAGAUGCUUCUUUAACGGAUUCCUGCCUACCCCACUUUUAACGCUGUUUUAGGCUCAUGGUAGCUUUGUAUUUACAGGACAGAAAUUUCUCUACCUUAGGGUCAUCCACCACCUGUGAACCUUUUUAUCACUAUAAUUUUAUAGCUAUCAUAAUUUAUUAUAAUCCUCUAGCAUUCUUUGCACUUGUUAGCGUAAUAUUCAUGUUAAAAUUUUUACAGAGGUAGAAACAAAUAUUUCACUGAGUGCCUUCAAGAUGUUUGAUGGAUGGGCACCAGAGUGGAGGUGCCUAGUGGCUGAGAGCUGGUUUACAUUAUCAUCAGACUACAUUACUUGGAGGUGGGAUGAAUGACUUCUUUGAUAACCGCAAUGUGAGCAGUCUUUCAAUGACCCCACCGAGGAUCCAUGAGGAUGCAGAAAAAAAAAACAGAAAUGUAAGCUCCUCUAGUUUUAAGUAAAGAGUUAUACACUUGAUGAUUUGUCAAAGGGCGUUUACAGUGGAGUUGACAGCAGAGACUGAGUGUUAAUCACUGAUGAUAGAGGUGAAGUUUAAUGUGCUUAAGUGCAAACAAGUCAAGGGUAUACGUAGAUGCAUUUACCUGCUUCUUUCUGUUUUAAACGUUAAAAAUAGACAGGGAUAUUUUUUAAAAAAAAAGGUUGCUCCAUAAUAUCAGUCAGGAUUAGAGGAUUCCCUCUGCAGGCUCUGUGCCAUUUUUUAAAGAGAAAUCUACACCGCUCUGUUUUUAUGAGGAUUUGGAUCAAAGGGAGCAGAUUUUAUUGUUGCAGGAAAAAAGGCUGGCAUUAAAAGGAGUCACAACCUCUGAACCAACACAGAUAAUCCAGGCAGUUUUUACGUCUGCACGCUCAACAUUCACCGCUGUGCUUCAAACAUCACCAUCACUUGAAUAAAAGUUUAAAGGGCAACCUGCAGGUUAAGUUUUUGACAGUGUUGAUGCCAAAGAACUUAUUCAAACAAGUAGAGAUGCAAGUGCUUUCUGCUGAGUGUAUUCUGACCUCCAUUAUUUAUCUAUGCACUUCACAAUCUUGUUGGUUGACCAAUCAGACUGUCUGUCCCCAUUCCCUUUAAGAGACAGAGGUGUUACUAUUUAUGCAGCACAUUUCAGCCUUUCUAAACAAACAGGGAUCUCACCAGCAUAUCUAACUUCCCUCUCUCUCUGCUUUUGCAGAAAACAGACAAGUCACCAUAGAAGUCACAUCAACACAUAGAUUAGGGAUACAUAUUCACAAAACUACGCCUUGUAACUUGAUUAGGUAUUUAAACUCAGGAUAUGCUAAUGUAUGGGGCAGGAUUUGAUGAUGUCUAACUCUGUCUAACUCAGUCUGUACCUUACAUCGAAGAAAAUAGGCUGUUGACAUAUGUUUCUAAUGUUUCAGGAUUGUAAAAUGUACCUAAGCAUAUUCGAGCAAGUGUGAGUGAAUCGUGUGUCUGUUUCUGAGUGUAAUUGAGAAAAUGCUAAAUAAAACUUUGCGACAUCAUGGCUGCACAUCACAAAAGAAAGCAAGCUGUGAACUCUUGCUAUUUAUGCUGUCUCACAAAUGCACCUUCUAAAUACCAGGAAAGUUCUUGGUCCGAGGUACGCCCUUAAGACAGCAAUACCACAUUCACCACACCUCUUUAAGAUCAGCACAAAGACAGGUGCCAAUUCCUGCAUGCUUUCUCUUGUUAUACACAGCAGGGUUGCAGGAUGUAAAAUUUACUGGAGCUUCAGGUGGAAACAACAAUGACACUUCUGCUGCACGCCAAAAUACUUUGCACUGGCCAUACAAUCAGAGCCCAAGACCUGAUUGAAAACGGCUGUUGAAAAGUCAGUCCUUGAUUUGUCACCAUGAUACAAAGUCAAUAAAAGGCUCAUAAUUUAACUCUUAUUCAAAGAUUGGCAUUGACAUCCAUAUUCACUGAUUCUGAACCUGUCCUUAUUAUGUGGGUCUCAAACCUGCAAGUUGCUCCUAUAUGAAUCUCUCCUGCAUGUUUUUCAGGACCUGCAGUCCCAGUUGGAGUGGAUGUUCAGGUUGAAAGUUUAGAUGCUAUUUCAGAGGUCGAUAUGGUAAGUCUGGGCCAAAUUGUAUCUUAUCCAUCAAUGGAUGUAUGAGCUGUGACAGAUGCAUAUAUUUCUUGUUUUGAAGGACUUUACUAUGACGCUGUACCUGAGGCACUACUGGAAAGAUGAGCGUCUGUCCUUCAGGAGCAACAGGAACCAGAGUAUGACCUUCGAUGGCCGUCUGGUGAAGAAAAUCUGGGUACCUGACAUGUUUUUUGUCCACUCAAAGAAAUCCUUCACCCAUGAUACCACUACAGACAACGUCAUGCUGCGGGUUUAUCCUGAUGGCAAAGUCCUUUACAGUCUUAGGUGAGUCUAAGGUUUUUUAUUUGGAGUUAUACUUAGAGUUUUCCUUAGUAGAAGAUAGAUGAGGUACAUGUUAGUCAGUGGGGCAGGUUAUGAUGUUAGUGGGUGUUCAGGGAUGUAAUUACCUUUGGCUGUCCCACCAAGACAAAGUGGCUCCAGCUGCUGCAGUACAAGAUGUGUAUUUAAGGGGAUAAAGUUCUGCCAAUUACAAGCACUAAUACUUCCCAGAGCAGGACCUUGUAAUUUUGGUGAGCGAUAGGAGACUCGAGGCCAAGAUGGAUGAUUCUGUAAUCCAUGGUACACAGCCUGGCAGAGAUUAACAGCUGGCCAUCUGCCUCCUGCUCAGACCUGCCUCAUGACGGAUGGGAACAAACCAAACUCAACUAUGAUGUCAGCAUCCAGAAAACCCCAAUCCACCAACACUCAAAGACUGAUCUGAAAUGUCUGGAAAGUGUGUCCUGUUGAGACUGCAUUCAUGGUCUCAGCGUUGACUUUGGGUCUUUGCAUCCCGGUGAUAGUAAGCUGUACAUCAGGGGUUAGUAUGUAAUUGUAAUUUUUAGACAUAAUCAUUUAUCCUCAUCACAUGACCUGAGAUAAUCUAGCGGAUGGCGCUGGUUGGAGAUUUCCCAGACUAAGGCAGAUUGGUGGGUGAGGAUGACAAUUGGCAGACCGAGCCUGUAGAUCGUGUGGUCCUCUCUGGUCCUGUGAGCGGGAUUAUGUUUUUCAUUUAUCAUCUCAGGACUGGAAACCAAAUCUGGUGCUGAGGCCUCCCUCCCACCCACACGCUAUCUGCCUGAGUGUGGAAAGGGUUACACAUGCAUGUUGAGUCUAGACUGAAAUGUCAGUGGAAAUUAUUUGCACUGUGUAUUGUCCAAGAUGUAGUCUCCUUUGUGCAGGAAGAUAAAUGCAGUUCUUUGAGUGUCCACCAGAGGCUGUCUCCAAAAGUGAGCCAAUCCCCAUAGAUCCCCAUAUCAAAAUGUCCAACAUAAUGGCUGAAAAAACAGCCUGGUACGUGAAUAAUUUAGGUUUCUGUUUCUCAUUUCUUUAUAACGUCAGCUUUAUAAAGUAAAUUAUUUUUAGUCAUAUUAAAGCUCUUGUGAUGAGUUUUUAGCAAGUCAUAAAACAGGCAUUAAAAUUGAUGCUUCCUUGUCAUCUACAGAAGCAAACAAGACUGAAAUUAUUUUUCACAAGCAGACAUUUUUAAUGUCUGGAAGUACUGCUGGUUUAAAGAGUAAUUAUUCAAAUGUUGGAAAAUGUUUAAAUACUGUUUACAACCCCUUAUACUACUUCAUGUUAUCCAUUUGUUCACUUUCUUAAAUUACCUUAGUUUUGUUGUCCCUCAUGUUAGACUGGUUGGCAAAUAUAACUGAGUGGCUGCUCGUAUACUUAGGUGGCCCACCCAGGUAUUUCCCAUAUGUGGGAUACUCUACAGACCAGUACGGGGAAGACAUAAACAGCAGUUUACAGCCAGUAUGCAAACUUUCACCACUUUAAUGUAUGUAGGCUGCAUUAGCUUACCGUGUUGCCGCACAUCAGUCUGCGUUCUGCGUUGUAACCGUAGUAAUCCAGUAGGACCAUGCUGCUUACGAGUGAGUCGUAUUUGCUUCCGCAAACAAACAAACUCCAGCAGUUGGAGCAUAGACAUAUAUAAGAAAGGCUAGAUGAUUCCAGGCGGAGUCACCGGCGUCCCAACAUGGCGGCCAUCUUACUUCAGUAUACCAUUCUGGUAUGCUCUCUGGUAGCUUCUGGAAGGUGAGUAAUCUGCAUGAUCAAAAUGCUCAUAACUCGUUGAAAUCAUGACAGAUUUAGAAACUGUUUAGUUCAUUACAGACCUCAAUGACGUGGCUUUGAGUCGGGAUGCUUAGACAUAUUGAAUAUUGAAUUUACUUUGGAAAAAAAUAGAUUUAAUCAGGAAGCACAGUUGUUUAAAAGUUGACCCAGCAAUUUUACAUCAGUUGGAGAGGCAGAGAUGCUCUUUCGAUUCAACAUAACUUAAGUUGCACAUGAUUUACAAGCUGUUUGGUUUGGUAAAAACAAUUAAAAUAGCAACAUGAGGCAGAAAUUUAUAUUGAAAUAAAUAUUUAGGCCUAUAUAUGUUAUUGCUAUAUGUUAUUAUAGUUAUCCCUAUAAUAGAACUAUUACUAAUAUAACAUACAUGAAAUGAUAAAUGAUAAACCGUUCGAAAAUCGGUUUAAAAUUAAGCUAUUUAAGGUUAUUUAAAUGCUACAUGCACCGUACACUGUAAUGUUAUGAGUGGGCGAGCGUCCCGUAGCAAGAUGGCCGCCAUACGCGGACGUCAGUCUCCAUUGGCAAACAGCGUGCGUAAACCAUCUAGCGUUUUUGUAUACAUCUAUGGUGGAUCACUCAGUGCGCACUUUUGAUUGGACGCUGGUUGCCUAGGCGCUGGGGACUGCCCCCCGCCUUUUGCGGAAGGAGGGAACUUUCAAAUAGAUAGCUGCUUCAAUCUUAAUGCAGAAAUAAAACAAAAUACAGAGAUACAUUUGAUUUUAUGUUGAAGAGAAAGAGAGGCAGCAGAUGAUGAUACUGUGGCAUCAGAGUCGGCACCUUGUUAAACUUGGGUGUGCUCCUUUUGUACAAAGCCUACUGCUACAGUACCUGCAAGAACCUUAUCCUACUUUUCACCCCUGCCACAGAGUAGGUAAAAGGAUAAUGCAUAUAAAAACAGUUGGCAAAUAUACGAGGAAGGCAAGAAAUACACUUGAACAGCCCACCCAGCUGCCUUGUUUCAGUCUGGCAACCCCUGCAGAUUGUAAAUCAUUUCUGUCGAGACAUUUGGCCUCACAUUUUACAAAGCUUGUUUUUUCUUUUACAGAGUAACAGUCACUGCAAUGUGCAGCAUGGACCUGAGCCGCUUUCCACUCGAUACUCAGACAUGUUCCCUGGAGAUCGAGAGUUGUAAGUUACUGCAGCUGAGAUUUUUCAGCCUCGGUCCUGUUUUUCAUUUCUGGUGUAACUUCAGCAGGGCGGUGUGGUUAAUUUGUUAAAUAUGAAGGAUUUACUUCACAGAUCCUCAGACAAUGCUUUUGUUUAUUCCAGAUGCAUACACAGAUGACGACCUAAUGCUGUACUGGAAGGAAGGAAACAGGUCUUUAAAUAUAGACGAGAGGAUUUCACUCUCCCAGUUCCUUAUCCAGGAGUUUCACACCACCACCAAACUGGCCUUCUACAGCAGCACAGGUACUGAGAGCACAUGCCUGUCUCAUCCUUAAAUAACUUUUAGAUUCUGACUUAAUGUCUUCUUCUCCAGGCUGGUACAACCGUCUGUACAUCACCUUCACUCUGCGGCGUCACAUCUUCUUCUUCCUGCUGCAGACUUACUUCCCCGCCACGCUGAUGGUCAUGCUGUCCUGGGUGUCCUUCUGGAUUGACCGCAGGGCUGUACCUGCUAGGGUGCCACUGGGUGAGAAAGACAGUCUUUCUCGGCUUUGUUGGCUGAUACUGAUAGUGACUUUACUAUUGUUAGUUCACAGUCUACUUGGGUGAUUUUUUUGCCCACUACAUAGAUGUUUACUGCUCUCUUCCUCACUGAACCUCCCCUAGGUAUAACCACAGUGCUCACCAUGUCCACCAUCAUCACUGGAGUGAAUGCCUCCAUGCCGCGGGUUUCCUACAUUAAAGCAGUGGACAUUUACCUCUGGGUCAGUUUUGUCUUUGUGUUCCUGUCUGUGAUUGAGUACGCUGCAGUCAACUACCUGUCUACUCUGCAAGAACGCAAGGAGAGGAAACUCAGAGAGAGGGUCAGUACCAGACAUCUACCUGUUAAAUACAAGAGGUGUUCCUAAAAAUGGGUUAAAAUCUGCCUUGUUUGGUUUUAAUUAUUGGAAGGCUGAUUUGUUUGGUUUGUUUGUUUUUCAUUUCUGUGCAGAGACUUCACAUUGCUUGUAAUUGUUUGUAAAACCCUAACAACUUAUUCGGGGCAGAGGAGCCAGACAGGAAUUCAAAGUUCAUUUUAACUAAGUUUAUCAUGGACAUGCAAUGUUUCAAAAGCAAUUUAGUUCUUGUUGUCUCCCUGCAGCUGCCGUGUACCUGUGGCUUGGCUCAUCCUGGCAUGAUGUCUGCCAGCUACAGCGAGGUGGACGCAAACACGACCGGAAAUUACGGCAUGCCGGAGGAGAAUGGGGUGAAACAGGAAAGGAUGCUGGUGCAGAUGGCCAUGGAGAGCGACCAGAUCACCGGACACGUCGGCACCAGUGCCUACAGCAACGUCUGGAUCGACACACACGUCAUAGACAAAUACUCCAGGUUCUUAUUUCCAGGAUCUUACAUCCUCUUCAACAUCAUCUACUGGUCCAUCUACUCCCAGCACACACCUGAGGCCCACUGA